CAAAAACCCUACUCAGCAUUAGCAGCAGCCUCCUGCGCAUCCAGGAGAUCAACAAUGGCGCAAUCUCUGGAGCUACUGCUGAUCCAAUUCCUGAUGCCCGACAACGAUGCUCGGCGUCAAGCGGAGGAGCAGAUCAAGCGUCUCGCGAAGGACCCACAGGUUGUUCCCGCCCUAAUUCAGCACCUCCGGACGGCGAAGACCCCCAAUGUCCGGCAACUCGCCGCCGUCCUCCUCCGAAAGAAGAUCACCGGACACUGGGCCAAGCUCUCUCCCCAGCUCAAACAGCACGUUAAGGAGUCUCUCAUUGAGAGCAUCACCAUAGAGAACAGUCCUCCGGUGAGGCGUGCGAGUGCAAACGUUGUGAGUGUGGUGGCGAAGUAUGCUGUUCCUGCCGGAGAGUGGCCUGACUUAUUGACAUUCCUCUUUCAGUGUAGUCAGAGUGCUCAAGAAGACCAUCGUGAAGUUGCAUUGAUCUUGUUCAGCUCUUUGACAGAAACAAUUGGCAACACGUUUAGGCCAUAUUUUGCUGACCUGCAAGCUCUUUUGCUAAAGUGCUUGCAGGAUGAAAGCAGCAGUCGAGUCAGAGUUGCCGCUCUAAAGGCAGUUGGCUCUUUUCUGGAAUUCACAAGCGACGGUGAUGAAGUGGUCAAGUUUCGAGAGUUCAUCCCCAGCAUAUUGAACGUGUCAAGAAAGUGUCUUGCCUCUGGUGAGGAGGAAGUUGCUAUUAUUGCGUUUGAAAUAUUCGAUGAGCUGAUUGAAUCUCCUGCUCCGCUCCUUGGGGACUCUGUGAAGUCAAUUGUGCAGUUCUCUCUUGAAGUUUGUUCUAAUCAAAACCUCGAGAGCAGUACACGCCAUCAGGCGGUCCAAUUAGUUUCAUGGUUGGCGAAGUACAAAUACACCUCCCUGAAAAAACAUAAGCUAGUCAUACCCAUUUUGCAAGUUAUGUGCCCCUUACUCGCUGAGUCAUCUGAUCAAGAUGAAGAUGAUGAUCUUGCUCCUGAUCGAGCUGCUGCUGAAGUUAUUGACACACUAGCGAUGAACCUCCCAAAACACGUUUUCCCCCCUGUUUUUGAAUUUGCUUCGAUAAGUAGUCAAAAUACGAACUUGAAGUUUCGAGAAGCUGCUGUUACGGCUUUAGGUGUUAUCUCUGAGGGUUGCUUUGAUAUGAUGAAAGAUAAGUUAGACCCUGUUCUUCAUGUUGUCUUGGGGGCUUUAAGAGAUUCUGAGCAAAUGGUUCGAGGGGCUGCAUCAUUUGCACUGGGUCAAUUUGCUGAGUAUCUUCAACCAGAAAUUGUCUCACACUAUCAGAGUGUUCUUCCAUGUAUAUUGAAUGCUAUUGAAGAUUCAUCUGAGGAAGUGAAGGAAAAGUCCUACUAUGCUUUGGCAGCAUUUUGUGAGAACAUGGGGGAGGAAAUUGUUACUUUCCUUGAACCUUUAAUGGGAAAGCUUCUGUCAGCCCUCCAAAGUAGCCCGCGUAAUCUACAGGAGACUUGCAUGUCUGCAAUUGGGUCAGUUGCUUCUGCUGCGGAGCAAGCUUUCAAUCCAUAUGCUGAGAGAGUCUUGGACUUGAUGAAGUAUUUCAUGGUGCUUACAAGUGACGAAGAUCUUCGCUCCCGUGCAAGGGCUACUGAACUUGUAGGAAUUGUCGCGAUGUCUGUUGGAAGAUUAAGAAUGGAAACCAUUUUGCCACCGUUCAUUGAUGCCGCGAUAUCAGGAUUUGGACUGGACUUCAGUGAGUUACGGGAAUAUACCCAUGGAUUUUUCAGCAAUGUAGCUGAAAUUUUGGAUGAUGGUUUUGCUCAGUAUCUACCACACGUGAUGCCCCUGGUCUUUGCUUCUUGUAAUCUCGAUGAUGGGUCGGCCGUGGACAUUGAUGAGUCUGACGAUGAAAACGUGAAUGGUUUUGGUGGUGUAUCUUCUGACGAUGAAGCUCAUGAUGAACCAAGAGUACGGAACUUAAGCAUAAGAACAGGGGUUUUAGAUGAAAAGGCAGCUGCAACACAAGCUCUUGGGUUGUUUGCGCUUCACAGUAAAUCUUCUUUUGCUCCUUAUCUGGAGGAAUCGAUAAAAAUUAUGGAAAGACAUUCUGGAUAUUUUCAUGAAGAUGUCCGGCUUCAAGCAAUCAUCGGAUUGAAAAAUAUAUUGGCAGCAGCGCAUGCUAUCUUCCAGUCUCUUAAUGAUGGAAAUGGAAAGGCAAAGGAAAUUCUAGAUAUUGUGAUGAAGAUUUAUAUCAAGACUAUGGCAGACGAUGAUGACAAAGAGGUCGUUGCACAGGCUUGUAUGGGUAUAGCAGACAUCAUGAAAGAUUAUGGUUACAUAUCCAUUGAACCUUAUCUAUCACCUCUUGUUGAUGCAACAUUGGUACUGCUGCGUGAAGAAGCGGCUUGCCAGAAGUUAGAUGAUGACAGCGACGAUGAUGAUGAUUCUGGGCAUGAUGAGGUCCUUAUGGAUGCUGUUUCUGAUCUCCUCCCCGCCUUUGCAAAGUGCAUGGGUUCUCAUUUUGAACCUGUCUUUGCUAAGUUCUUCGAGCCUUUGAUGAAAUUUUCGAAAGCUUCACGUCCUCCACAAGAUAGAACUAUGGUAGUUGCUUGUCUUGCUGAAGUUGCUCAGGACAUGGGUGCUCCAAUUUCAGCCUAUGUCGAUAGGGUAAUGCCCUUAGUUCUUAAAGAGUUGGGAUCACCGGAAGCAACUAACAGAAGGAAUGCAGCAUUCUGUGUUGGAGAGUUAUGCAAAAACGGGGGUGAAGCCGCUCUUAAAUAUGUUGGUGAGGUAUUACGUGGAAUCUACCCCCUUUUUGGGGAAUCCGAACCUGAUGUUGCGGUCAGGGAUAACGCAGCGGGCGCUAUUGCGAGGAUGAUUAUUGUUCACCCUCAGUUGGUCCCCCUAAAUCAAGUACUUCCAGUGUUUUUAAGAGGUUUACCGCUAAAGGAAGAUCGGGAGGAAUCUAUGGCUGUAUACAGUUGUAUAUAUACACUCGUCUUGACAUCCAAUCAACAGAUCCUUUCGCAUGUCCCCGACCUGGUUAAGAUAUUUGGCCAAGUGUUGGAAUCGCCCGUCGAGAAAGCUGAAGUGAAAGCCAUUGUAGGAAGAGCUUUCUCCCACCUCUUAUCGGUUUAUGGACAACAGUUGCAGCCAUUGAUAAGCUGCUUGCCUCCAUCUCAAGCAAAUGCACUCUCCUUGUUUGCCUCUAGUGGCUGAUCUUCUCUGCUCCGGUGCAUACAUAUCUUGAGAGAUCAAACAGAGAAAAAAACAUUCUCCUUUUUUUUUGCGGUUUUGUCUUCUCAUUUUGGCCUUGGUGUGUUUCUUCUGUUCAGUUUUUUGUUUUCUGUUUUUGGUUUUUGGUUCUUUUGGUGUUUUUUUUUUGUUUUAAUUUUUUGGGCUACAAGUUUGUAUUUUUUUUUUAUUUGUCCAUCAUGUGUUACUGCCAAUUAUUGAUUACAUAUAUAAGAGUGAAUAUUUUAUUUUUUUA